GCCACCGGCGUAGGCGGGAGAAAGAGGAGUGGCUUCCGGUUUCCGGAGGUCUCUCCUCCCCCUUCCUCCGUUUUCCCUCUUUACGAUUGGUUUCUGGUACUCAUGCCCCGCCUCCUUUGCUACGCCCCUCGCGGACGCUUUUCCCGCCUCCGCCGGGGCAGAGCUGCGGUCCUGGUGACAGUUGAGAAUGGCUGGGGUUGGGGGCCACGCUGGGCGGCAGUCGGAGCUGGAGCCCGUGGUGUCGCUGGUCGACGUACUUGAGGAAGACGAAGAGCUGGAGAACGAGGCGUGUGCAGUCCUGGGCGGCAGCGACUCUGAGAAGUGCUCCUACUCGCAGGGCUCAGUAAAGAGACAAGCACUGUAUGCCUGUAGUACCUGCACUCCAGAGGGAGGAGAACCAGCAGGAAUUUGUCUGGCCUGCAGUUAUGAAUGUCAUGGAAGCCAUAAAUUAUUUGAGCUCUACACAAAAAGAAAUUUUCGUUGUGAUUGUGGAAACAGCAAGUUUAAAAAUUUGGAAUGCAAAUUAUUUCCUGACAAAGCAAAGAUAAAUUUUGGUAAUAAGUAUAAUGACAACUUCUUUGGAUUGUACUGCAUUUGCAAGAGACCUUAUCCUGAUCCUGAAGAUGAGGUUCCGGAUGAGAUGAUCCAGUGUGUAGUCUGUGAAGACUGGUUCCAUGGAAGACAUCUUGGUGCCAUUCCUCCUGAGAGUGGGGACUUCCAAGAAAUGGUGUGCCAGGCUUGUAUGAAACAUUGUUCUUUCUUGUGGGCUUAUGCUGCACAGUUGGCAGUGACCAAAAUAUCUGCUGAGGAUGAUGGAUUAGUACUGAAUGUUGAUGGAAUAGAUGAUCAGGAAGUUGUCCAGACUGAAAAUGGAGAUCAAGAUAAUACCCUCAAAGAGGAUAUUCCAGAACACGCAAAGGAUACUGACAAGGAAGUUAAAGCACAGCAGAAUAAUGAACCAUGUACCAGCUCUAGUUCUGAAUCUGAUCUCCAGACAGCAUUUAAGAAUCAAAACUUCAACACAGAAUCACAAUCUGGCUGCAAACUUCAGGAGCUCAAAGCUAAGCAAUUUGUGAAGAAAGACACUGCCACCUAUUGGCCCUUGAACUGGCGUAGCAAGUUAUGCACAUGCCAAGACUGUAUGAAUAUGUAUGGUGAUCUGGAUGUCCUGUUCCUGACGGAUGAAUGUGACACCGUUCUGGCUUAUGAGAACAAAGGGAAGACUGAGCAGGCGACUGAGAGGAGGGACCCUUUAAUGGAUACACUUAGCAGCAUGAACAGAGUCCAGCAAGUGGAGCUCAUUUGUGAAUACAAUGACUUGAAGACUGAACUUAAAGACUAUCUGAAAAGAUUUGCUGAUGAAGGCACGGUUGUUAAGAGAGAGGAUAUUCAGCAGUUCUUUGAAGAAUUUCAGUCAAAAAAGAGAAGAAGAGUGGAUGGGAUGCAGUAUUAUUGCAGCUAGAGUGAAGUAUGGAGCUUUCUUGCUCAGACCAGUGAAAAUGCCACUUACUCUUCCAGGAAUAAAAGAGGCAUAUUUCAGCCUUGGUCCCCUUUCUGCCCCGUGAAGGCUUCCUCCUCCGGCCUCGCUCUUUUCUUUCUCCUUCACUACAGUAGCCACAGUGGUUAUGCUGAUGUCACAGCCAGCAUCCUUCUUUAACUCAGCUAAAUGCAGCUCAUUCCACAGACUUUAGCUCUCCUGCCCCAGGAUACCCAGGGUUUUCUGCUUAUAAGUUUUAAGAAGUUUGAUUUGGUUUUGAGAAAGAAAAUUGGUUUCUUUUAAAAGAAUUUGUUUUAAAUUUUGAAUGUUUGCCCUUCACCGCAGUUGUGUUGCCUUCUAGGGCCUGUGUGGGUGUCCAGAAGGUUUACUUCCUGUCAGCCUGAGCUUCUUUCCGUCCCCACCCCAUGAUCGUGGUGCCUUGGGUCACAGCUUCCUCAGCCUGACCUGCCCUUCUCCCACCUCCCUGCUGUCUGAGGUUUGGUCAUGGCCUGCCAGGGUCUAGGAACUUGGGGUAGCCAGGACUGAUGGAUUGGUUUAUGACCUGGAUGUCUGUCAAAAGCAGGGAGAUUGAUGACAGGAUUGAGGAAGCAAACCUUUGUUACAAAUUUUACUAAUAAAGCGAAAUUUUCAUUCAUGGUUCUACUGGCACUCCAAUAUUAGAAGUUUAGUACUGGAGCGCUCACAGGGCUUCCUGGGAAAAGUCUGCCAGUACACGAGCCCCUUUUUGCUGCCUACAAAAUGACCGGGUAUCACCCCUGUGAAAUCUUGGUGGUUUACAAAGUCCUCUGGAUUUCCUUAUAUUAUCAGGGAUAUUCAUAAGCAUCUAUUUAAAAUGGACCUAUUUUGAUACUAUUCUGUUAUGAAGAUGUUGUUAGAACCCCAAUAAGUUAUCUUUCCCCUUGAAUCUGUGCUGAAGACAAAAGACACUGACUUAGCUACUUACAGUGAGAAGAGACAGACUUUGUGGAAGAUUCCAAACAAGGUCCCGUGCGGCACAAAUGAUGAGUUUGUGUUCCUAAAUGUGCCAUCCACAGCCUCUUCUCCAUGACUGAGGUCUUUUUCUGAAGAUCCUCACAGAAUGUUGUAUAAAACCCCGUUUUUGAGGGGAAGUCCCUUCAGCUGGUAGGAAAUCUCUGUGAAGCCCUUCAGUCUGUCUGGAAAACACCUUUUGGUAAAUAUAGAGCCCUCAGUUCCUUCUGACGGAACUGGACUUUCCUGACAGUAGAUGACACACUCUGAGGCAUAUUAGCAGAAGCAUUGUAGCUUUGGGGCUGCACAGGUCUGUUAAUACUCCUUUCAUGCCUAGCAACAGUCAUGUGCACAAGUGCAUACAGUCUCUGGACAAGAUGAAUGAGAUCUUCAAAAAGUCAAGGCCUCAGAGAAAUGGUCCAAGUCCUGCUUGUUGCUGCUCAGCCUCCUAAUUAUGGAUGCUCAUGAAGACCAAUGUGUGGGUCCAGGCUUUCUGGCUGCAGGAGACCCUUGUGUGCCCUGAGCUGGCCUUGUGGAGAGAGAGGGCUCGGUUAAAAAGCUCAGGGUAUCUGCAGACGGGUCUUCCAGACUUCAGAGGAUGUCUUGAACCCCUUCUGCAAAGUUGUGCUCGAGUGUACCAUGCCCUUCUGAAAGUUUGUAUCUUCCCAAUGUCUGAUUUAACUAUGGGAAAGCCCCUUACUACCUGAACUGUUAAGAACGAGGUCUCCGGGCCAUGCAGCACUGUGCUGCACAGCCGUACAAUGCUCCGCAGUGCUGAAGGGUUCAUUUCUGAAAGUACUGCUCCUUCUUUUACAUUGACCAGAAAACCUCCUUUUUUACCUGUUGUUCACAGCUAGUUUUCUUAUUGACUAUGUAUAGGACCAUCUCUCCUUGUAGAGACUGAUUUUGGCCAACAUGUGGCAGUUGAUAAUGCAUGUUUUAUGCAAAAUUCAAAUACGGUAUUAGCUGCUUUUAAGAAAUCCUGGCAUUGGGCUGGGGAUUUAGCUCAGUGGUUCCACCGUCCGCCUUGCAAGCGCAAGGACCAGAGUUUGAUCCCCAGUACCCCCACCCCCCAAAAAAUCCUGGCAUUAUAUGUGCAUUUUUGUAGAAAUUGUUACUGGACUUAUACUUACAUACUGAACUCCAGGUUUCUGUAAAAUUUAAAUAAAACCGAUUCAAAGCA